UCUGCCAUCACCAGUGCCACUGUCCUGCUGUGACUGUGCCCUGCUCGGUCCAGCAGAACGCUAUUCAAGCCCCUCCCCCCGGACAGCAGGUCACUGCCGACCGCGGUGCUGAUGGAUUUCCAGGGAACUGCUGCAGAGCCCGGCUGCUCCUGGGGCUGAGCAGAGGCUCAGCCGGCCCUGGCAGCUCCGUGCGCGGGCCCCAGGGCAGGCCGGAACAGGUAUGGCUGCAGGGCUGGCUCCGCUGCUGCCGGGAGCGCCGCUAGGCCUGAGCGGGCCGCUCCCCCUGUCACGUGACACCGCCCCGGGAGGGGCGGGGCCCCAGAGGCCCGCGCCCCGCCCUCGCGAGCACCCCAUUGGUAGAAGUAGGACUUGAGUUCACGCGCUUUUCCUGCGCGCUCUGCGUUUGUAGCUGAGCGGCGGCUCCCGAGAGUCCCUCCCGUGCAGGCCCGCGGCAUGGCCGGGCCGCGCUUGCUGCCGCUCGGACUCCCCGUGCUGCUGCUGCUGCCGCUGCUGCCGCUGGUGCUGCCGUUCUCGCCAGGCAACGCCGCCCUGUCUCGCUGCCGUCCGGACCAGUUCCAGUGCGUGCCCGGCGCCCCCUGCUUCCCUCAGGACUGGCGCUGCGACGGCCACUCCGACUGUGAGGACGACGGGGACGAGUGGGGCUGCGGGACCGCGACCGCAGCGGAGCCAAGUCCCAGCGGCCCCGCGGUGAACCCGCCGAGGAGCUCGGCGGAGCCGCCCGCCGGCAGCGCAGAGCCUUCAGCUACGCCUGAGCCUGAGGUCUCUGUGCCAUCGAGGAGUCAAGGUUACACAUGGAUCUUGAUUGUUGCAGAGCUCCUGAUCAUCCUGGUAGCUGCAGGUUCUGUUGCAGUGUGGGGUCUGUCCAAAGCAAAAUGCAGAUCUGACACCUUCAGUCUUGAAAACGCAUCCAGGGAACAGCUGAUGCCUGACAAGACCCAAAAAGGCUUCUUGCCCUGAAGGGGAUCCUUAUCCCAAGGUGAUAAGGUGGGACUAGCCUUGUCUGUCUCCUGCUCACCACAGAGUCUGACUGAAUUGGACAUCAGCUCUCAAAUCUGGGUUGUUACACUGGAAUAUCAAGAGGAUGCACGUUUUGUAAAUGGGUCUUAGAUUGUGGGACUACCUUGGCUGCAGAAAUAGCACAGGACCUUCCCUGGCGCUGUGACAUCAGCCCUCCCAAAGGUGGCAGAAACGUCUUUCUUGUUCUGCAUGAACGUCGUUAACUGCUGGUGCCUGCCAUUGUGGCCUUGGACCCAAAAUUUCUCUUUGAAAUGCCAAGUUCUGUUCAACUGUCUCCUUCCACUUCCAGCCAAGAGCCUUUUUUUAUCUGCCCCAUUCUUCCCCCUGGAUUUUGUCAGGGAGCAGGAGCUUUCUCACUUAUUUCCAUAGGCACUCACUGGCUGCACAGAUCAGACUCCAUGUUUGCACUACUGUUUGAUGCUGCUCAGUCCCAUGCAUGGGAGGCCUUUACUGACAGUGCCGCCAUGGAGGUGACAGUUGCUCUGGCUUUGCUGUGCUGUCACCCAAGCCUACAUGAGGCAAGGAGCUCCUGGGCUGGCAGCUCCUCUCACACUCCCUUCCACAAACAUCUCCACCCUUGGCAGACCUGCUCUGCUCACCCCAGUGCUGAAUGCUGUAUGGGGCUCCUCUUAAUACUCUUAAUGGUGUCUUCCUUAAAACUGUUCUGACCUGAGUGAUGUCCCUCAAGAGUCUGUACUGGGACCAGUGCUAUUCUGUAUUUUGAUCAGUGGUGUGUAGAGUGGGCCCUCAGCCAGUCUGAGGAUGAGACCAGGCUGAGGGGUGCAGCUGGGGAGGGGGAUGUCAUCCAGAGGGACCUUCAGGCCCACAGAACCUCAUGAAGUUUGAUAAGUAAAGUGAAGUGAAAGGUUUGCACCUUUGUUAGGGCAAAGCCUGGAGAAGAGAUAGCUCUGGGGAGCCUUGUUGUGUCUUGUCCAUGUCUAAAGGGGGACUGUAAGAAAGAUGGAGAGGGGCUUUUCACCAAGGCCUGUAAGGACAAGGGGCAACAGUUACAAACUGACAGAGGGUGGGCUUAGGUAUGACAUGAAGGAGGGUUUUAUGGUGAGGUCCUGGCACAGGUUACGCAGAGCAGCUGUGACUGCCCCAUCCCUGGGACCAAGCUGGACAGAGCUCUGAGCAUCUUGGUCCAGUGGAGGUAUCUUUGGAAAUACACCAUGUCAGACACUGUCUGUGUGGCAUGUGGGGCCCCAGCCAAAGCACUGAGUGCUGUGCACCUCUCAGAACUGACCGUGCAGGGACAGAUUAGUGCCCAGUGCCUCUGGUUCAGCGUUGGCCACGUGCACCUUGCACAAGUGUUCACUAAGUGCGCCAAGCUGCUGCCUUGGCUGCUGACCUCUGUGCCUUGAAGGUCGGAACUUGGCUUGCCAAGCAGACACCAGUCAUCAGCCUUGGAGUAGGAGUCUUUCACUCCUGGGUAGCGUGUGAGUGCUGCAAUAUCACAGGGGAGAAACUUCUAUAUGUGGUAUGGAGUCCUGAGUUAUUCCAGGGCUGCUAUUUUUAGUACCAAGGAGUCAUUUGCAAGGGCACACACAACCUUCUGUUUCCAUAGGGACAGGCGGAAAUAUCUGUGGUGACUGACACAGGAGAAUAAAGAAUGUGAAAUUAACAA